GUGCGCGCUUCCGCUUGGAGACGUGGCCGCCGCCGCCGCCGCCGCUGCCAUAUUCCGGGCGCUGACUGACUGCCUGAUUACCUGCCUGCCGCCUCCACUCCCCCCCCCCCCCCCCCCACCGCCGCCACACCACCUUCCGCCAUCUCGAGAAGAGGCUCGCAGACGUCGCGGAGAUGGUGCUGUUGGCUACAGCUGUCUGCACCAAGGCCGGGAAGGCAAUUGUCUCACGCCAGUUUGUAGAAAUGACACGGACUCGUAUUGAAGGCUUGCUGGCAGCAUUCCCGAAACUCAUGAACACUGGGAAACAGCACACAUUUGUGGAGACGGAGAGUGUGCGGUACGUUUACCAGCCACUGGAAAAACUCUACAUGGUGUUGAUCACAACUAAAAAUAGCAACAUCCUAGAAGAUUUGGAAACACUCCGCCUAUUCUCUCGAGUGAUUCCAGAGUAUUGCAGAGUGCUGGAAGAGAGUGAGAUAUCAGAACAUUGUUUUGACCUAAUCUUUGCCUUUGAUGAGAUUGUGGCAUUGGGCUACCGUGAAAAUGUCAAUCUUGCCCAGAUCAGAACAUUCACAGAAAUGGAUUCCCACGAAGAAAAAGUUUUCCGUGCUGUUCGAGAGACGCAAGAACGUGAAGCAAAAGCAGAGAUGCGCCGAAAGGCCAAGGAAUUGCAACAGGCUCGCAGAGACGCAGAAAGACAAGGCAAGAAGACCUCUGGGUUUGGAGGCUUUGGUAGUGGAGGAAUCUCCAGCAACUCUGCAGCCUCCAUGAUAACAGACACCAUCAUUGAACCAGAGAAACCAAAGAUGACACCGUCAGUGAUGAGGGCUGAUGCAGCAGGUCUUGCGUGUGAAGCUGGUUUAUAUAUAAUCAGACCUUCUGGUCCAAGCAAAGCCUUAAAACUUGGAGCAAAAGGAAAAGAUGUGGAGAAUUUCGUAGAUAAACUGAAGCUAGAAGGAGAACAAAUCAGUUCCUCGACAAAGCGUUUGUCAGAAGCAGCUAAAGUGUUGUCACCUCCCAUUAACGUAGAAAGCGUACAUCUGAAGAUUGAAGAGAAAAUAACGUUGGUAUGCGGCCGGGAUGGUGGCCUGCAAAACAUGGAGGUACAUGGCAUGAUCAUGCUGCGAGUCACUGAUGAGAAACAGGGCAGAAUUCGGCUUCAAGUGGAGAAUGAUGAUAAAAAAGGAAUUCAGCUACAGACCCAUCCAAAUGUGGACAAGAAGCUUUUCACUGCAGAAUCGUUGAUCGGCUUAAAGAACCCUGAAAAAUCCUUCCCACUAAAUAAUGAUGUUGGCGUCCUGAAGUGGAGGUUGCAAACCACUGAUGAUACCUUUGUUCCCCUCACCAUUAACUGUUGGCCUUCAGAGAGUGCCACGGGCUGCGAUGUAAACAUUGAGUACGAGUUGCAAGAGAGCAGUCUGGAACUAAAUGAUGUGGUCAUCGCCAUUCCACUUCCGGCUGGUGCUGGAACUCUAUUAAUUAAUGAACUUGAAGGCGAGUAUCACCACGACAGCCGAAAAAACAUACUCGAGUGGUGUCUGCCGGUCAUUGACGCCAAAAACAAGUCUGGCAGCAUGGAGUUCAGUAUUCCAGGACAACCCAAUGAUUUCUUUCCAAUCAAUGUGUCCUUCGUAUCCAAAAAGAAUUACUGCAAUAUACAGGUGAGCGGAAUAAAUCAUGUUGAGAGCAACAGUCCUGUGAGGUUCUCCCUGGAAACCAUGUUCUUGGUUGACAAAUACGAGAUACAGUAACACCAACACAAGAAAUAUCCAGAAGACACAAGAAGAGCAGGUGCACACAAGAACAUAGACUGCAAAAUUCAAAAAUAGAAUUGUCCGGUGUAUAGGGGGAAGAUUCAGAGUGCUUGCAGAACGAUGUGGUUUAUUAUCUGUUGUCCAAACAUGCUGACUAUUCUCGGAUCACAAAAAGAGUUUGAUAUUAAUACUUUAAUUAAUCAACAAGUAAAUACGUCUUUGUUUUCAAAGGGGAGGGGUGGGAGGGAUGACAUUCGAUUGCAUCUACAGCAUCACGUAUGUGAACCACAGCUCCACUUGUCCCCCAUUGUAUUGCCUCGUUGGCUGUAAUUAUCUUUUUAGACUCUUUUUUUGUUGAAUUAGUUUUCCAGGUGAAGUGAAAUUUAUUUUUUCUUUUCCUUUUUUUUGUUCCUUGAUUUGGAUGAAAAAUGAUCGAAGCAGAUUUUGUAACCCUGUAAAAUGUAUGAGGGAAUAUGACAACAUUCCAAUGUAAAAAGACUUUAAAAAAAAAAAAAUGUAAUCUUUAAGAUGAUUAAAAGUAUAUUGUAAAACAA